AUGGCACACAUUCUGCAACCGCUCGACUGCAAGGGCCACCAACAUGAGGUCGGAGCGCUGCACGUCCAGCAAUUGAGGUCUAGCCUCAUUGAGCUCCUCUUGAAUCACCCCGUCCACGAGCAGACAUCGCGCAAAUGGGAAGAUGGCAUGAAGCCGGAUCGCUUGAUGAGACUGCACAGGGCAGAGGCGGACGCUGGGCUUCCUGCGAACCCUGCAGGAGAGGAGUACAAUGAUGGAGCGAGCGAUGCGUUCGGCGCUUACGAGCUAAACCUCAUCCGGCAGGCGCUCAAGUCGGGACCGGGAGCUGCUGUUGACUCGGAGCUUCAGGAACGCUCGGCGAAUGAGCGCAGGCAGUACGAGCUUCAAGAAGAGCAGGGAAGGCCCAGUCAGCCGGAGGAGCAAGAGAUACUUGCUCAUAGUAGAGACCUCGCCGCUCACAAGGUGGCAUUCGAUACUCCAAAAGACGGCGGCGCAGCAGCAACUGCGAAUCGCCAUGGCUCCAAGGCAAGGCGAUGGAUUCAGGCAAUGCAGGCUCGAGAGUGAGUGUCCACAGCCUGUCCAUCGCCAAUUUUCCUGCCAAACACGUGAUGCUGAUCGAUUAGUCUGCUAUCGGGCCUUUGGUGGUAGAAUACAGCUGCAAGCUCUCUUGCUGCUGUGUCUGCUUCGAAUCAGCGUCGACCAUCCUAUCGUCGAGACUGUCGCCCCACCACCAGCGGAGCGAGCUUGUAGCACGGCGAAUCAAGCAGCGGCGUCGCAAGAGCUUGGCGGUAGUCUGACCCAUGCUGAUGGACAAGUGAAAGUGUCAGGCGUCGGCUCAAAGCAGAACGACGACAGGCUGAAGCGGAAGACAAAGCGAAAGAGAAAGGACGCCGCUCGACGCUGGACUGCCGGAUUGGGAUCGUCGGCCGGUUUCCCAUGGGCGGGACAAACGUCGACAAUCUCGCCACGCACGCCGGGCGGGACCAAUCCCUCAGCACUGAGCCUUGGCACAGACGCCGCUGCCUUGGCUCAUCGCUUCGAGGCUGUCGCUGAACGCCUUGCUUUGCUGGGGGUGACGACGUCGCUCAGCAUGGAGUUGGGCCUCGGGCUGACACCCAGUCGACCUUCCGCUUCCCGCAACACGCCGACAAUGGUACGUAGUAGAGGCGCGCAAUUUGGCUCGGCAGCCAGACCAAAAGAGCCAGAGGACACCAGAGAUGAUCUUCAAUGGCUGUGGCAGGAUGUCAUGAAGCCCUACUUUGGCGCAAAGCUGCCUCGUCAGGUCGCCUUUGUUCGCGCUCGAGCAUUCGCGACCUCGUACGCCGCGAACACGCCUGCCAGACCUGGUCCGCUGGAAGAGGGCUCCGAAGGAGAUCAAAAGGAGAUGGCGAAUGCGCAUGCGGCAAAGGAGGGCGAAUGCGCGUCACCUCGGUCAAGGCAGUCUGAUACCUCUGUCCCUGAUCUUGUCACCCUCAACACUACUCGCGAAUCGCAACAGUCAGCUCUGGCAGCCGAACAAGCCUCGAAGCGCCCGAAAUUGGAAGAUGCACUCAGGACUGAAUCUCGGUCUCAACAGAGGGAUCGAGGCAGCCUGCGAGGGAGCUCCGCGAACUUGCGCCGAUCCGGCGCUAGAGAAGUCAGCGUAGGUGGAAAUGCUGCGAGGGGUCGAAAGAGCUGGGAGAAGAGCGCAAGUUGCACUGCAGUCGAUCUCGCCACCUCAAAUAUGAGCGGAGAAUCUUCCAGAUCGAACACGCCCGAUGUCAGCUCGCGCGAAGCUCUGUCCACACAACUAGGUCCAACGCUGUUCAUGCCGCCGGCCGGACCCGCCAAGGGCCAUGGUAAUCUGGGCCGACUGAAGGCUCCAGCUCGAAGGCUCGACAAGAGCAGGUCUGUCAGUACAGGCAUGAGCCAAAACAUGGCGGAAUCUCUGUCUGCUCGGGUGUCGUUCGCGAAACCAAACGGACGCACUGGCUCGGUAUUCAAAAGAUCCGAGUCCCAGCCUAUGUCAGAGCUUUCGCUGGGUGCAGACUCGUCGAGGCGAUCGUCUGGCGUGUCCGCCCCCGAGCUCCCGCUCUUGGUGCCUUCGAAGGCAGCUGAUUCUAUCAUCUCGACGAAACCUGGACAGACCGCAGUAGGUCGCCCAGCAGCAGCGCUCGGCGCCGGUACUGCCAAGAAGCCAUUUACUCGCAGCGAGUCCCAACCUGCAGGGCUGGUGGGCAUUUCUUCAACUUCGGCCUCCUCCAGUGCUAUCAUGGAACGCAGUGCAGGUUCCGACAUCGAUCGACUCGUGUCACACAGUAUGGGAGCGACAUUGACUUCUUUGCACCGUGCGCAGCGACGUACUACACGUGUCGCAGAGACUUCAGACGAUGAGGAGGAGGAGGUAAUGAUGAUCUCGCGCAAGAGAAGAGCUUUGCCAUCAUUUGGCUGGUCCACUUCAUCUUCGAGUCCUCCCCGUCGCUCUUCCGUCCCAGGUACUGCAGCUAGUGCUAGCGAGGACCGCCGCACUGACCUCGCCGAAGGCCAACUAGCCCCAUCAUCUGCUCCGACCUCGAUCUUGCCGACGAGGCCUUGCAUCACUCCGAUUCAAGACACAAGUGCCAACAAGGAGCCAGCGAGACCUACGCCAUCGGAGACGUCGAAGCCUUGCCUUCAGCGCACUGCGGGGCAUCCAGUCUGGCACCAGAGCGACAUGGAGGCCAUGCAAUGUGGAUCGAAGCGCACCCUGGCCGGCAAAGCUUUUGGCAGAGCUGUAUCUGGACGCAAUCCUUUCGCUGCGCCUUCGCGCUGA